GCGAUGCACUCAACAGUUGAGUAUUUGCGGUGAACUAGUGAAUAGACAGCGCUAAAAUGGGUUUUACGAGAACAGUUUAUUUGGCUACAGCCUUAUUGGGCGUGGCUAGUUUGGCGUUGGUGCAAGCUGACGAACAAAUUUAUCGCAUGUGUGUGCCUCAAAAAUACUACAAAGACUGCUUGGAUCUGCUGAAGGAUCCCUCUGAGGCUGGCAUAAAAAUGGAAUGUGUCGCUGGACGUGAUCGCAUCGAUUGCUUGGACAAAAUCAAUCAACGUAAGGCUGAUGUGCUCGCCAGCGAACCGGAGGAUAUGUAUGUUGCUUAUCAUACUAAGAAUCAGGAUUAUCGCGUCAUCUCGGAAAUACGCACGAAGGAGGAUAAGGAUGCCGAGUUCCGUUAUGAGGGCAUUAUUUUGGUGAAGAAAAAUUCAAAUAUUAACAGCAUGAAGGAGCUGCGCGGCAAGAAAUCCUGUCACACCGGUUUUGGACGCAAUGUGGGCUAUAAGAUUCCCAUCACCAAGUUGAAGAAUACACACAUUUUGAAGGUUUCUUUGGAUCCCGAUGUGACCGCCACCGAACGUGAGUUGAAGGCUUUGUCUGAAUUCUUUACACAAUCCUGCCUGGUUGGCUCCUACUCGCCAUAUCCUGAAACUGACCGUCUGCUGAAAAAGAAAUACUCCAACUUAUGCGAACUAUGCGAAAAACCCGAGCAGUGCAACUACCCUGACAAGUUCUCUGGUUAUGAUGGCGCAAUUCGUUGCUUGGACAAAGGCAAGGGUGAGGUAGCCUUCACCAAGGUGCAAUACAUCAAGAAAUACUUUGGCCUCGCACCGGGUUCCACUGCCGAAGGUGACCCCUCCGAGUUCGAAUAUCUCUGCGAGGAUGGCAGCCGUCGCCCAGUCACCGGGCCGGCUUGCUCUUGGGCUCAACGCCCAUGGACUGGCUACAUCUCAAAUGCUGAUUCAGUAAAUGGCGAGCAGAAAUUACACAACUUACAAAACCGUUUAGAGAAAUUCUUCGAAAAUGGCUUACAUGCUGAGAACAAGCUGGCAGCAGAACAUUUGCUCAUUAAUGAAAAUGCUGUGUACCACAGCAAACCAGAGGCCGUCGAACCAAAAGUGUACCUGGAACGCGCCGGCUACAAGGAUGUCAUCGAACGCGAUGGCAGCGCCAUUCGAAAGAUGCGUCUCUGCGUGCAGACCGACAUUGAGUUGGCCAAAUGCGAUACGAUGCGUCGUGCAGCCUACUCGCGUGACAUACGUCCCGAAUUGGAAUGCGUGCAGGAGAAUGAUUGUUUGAUUGCCGUAAAGGAGCAGAAGGCAGACUUGGUGGCACUGCAUGCCAACAACUACAAAGAGGCGCGCGAUGACAAACUCAAGCCGAUUGUUUAUGAAAGCUACGGACCCGAUAAUGUCUAUGUGGCCAUCGUAGAGCCGAGCGCCAGCAAGGAUGUGCAAAAGUUGCCAAUCAACUUUGAUGCACAGAACGAACGCGCUCAUAAGGCGGCGGUCUUCUUGAACAAACGUCGCAACAUAAGUCCCUGUCAGACCACCCCGUCCACUGACAAGAAUCUCAUGAUUGUACACUCCAGUGAAUUGGAGCAAUACAAGAACAAGCAAUUGGUUUGCCCCUCAUUGGAAGUGAAGCCGGUUACUGAGUAUCACACCUGUAAUUUGGAAGUUAAUUUGCCGAUAGCAGUCUUCAUUCGCGAAAGCAUGACGCCUGUUGAGCAGGAAACCGUUAAGCAUCUGUUUGUUUCGCUUUCGACCAAAUUCGGCAAAGGGGGCAAGCUGUCCGAUGUUUUCGCCCUGUUUGGCCCCUACGAGAAGGAUGCCAAGAAUGUAUUGUUCGAUGACGAUGCUACCGAAUUCGUGACUGAGUUGAAGAAUCCCAACACCAAUGAGCAAAUCUACAAUGACCUCAAAUGUGAUACAAAUGCCAUUAAGCGGCUUUAAAAUUCUAAUCAAAGCAGAAAAUAAAAUCAUCAAAGCAUUAUUUUAAGCUUUCAUAAUCGUUAAACUACUCGAAUAAAAAUUUUCACCGAACAUUAAAAAUAU